CUCUGGUUUUUAUUGUUUUUAUUUCCAAACGCUAAUUAAUCAUUUCUCUAAUUUUAUUCAGUAUUAUCUUAACAUUGUUUCAUCUAAUUACAGAUUCCUUGCGAUUAGAUUCCAUUACGUAAAAUAAUCACGGUAUUAAUAGUGAGUCCAGGAACUGAGUUGUGCAGGGCGGAAGGUUUUGUAUUUGAGAUUUGAAGAGAUUGGAUACGUUUGAUGUGAUGCGGCUGCAAUGUGUUUCCCGCUUAUAUAAUUGCAUUAAGAAGGAAGUGUUUCGAUGACCACUAGCGGAGGAGGGAGUAAGGGAGUUCAACAGGUGGACGAUCGUGUAAAAUCUGAGUGUCAAAGAGAUGUGAAUGGAUUUGUUGGUAAUGGACCCGGUUUACAAGAAGAUAAUGAGUUGAGAUCUAGUAAAGUAGAUUCAAAAGAGCAAAAUGGAUUCAACCAGGUGGCAUUGCAUGGGAAUGCUCCUCCUCAAGCACCUCCGCAACUGCCACAGGGGUCGCUAGUCCACUGGGAGAAGUUUCUGCAUGUUAGAUCCAUUAAAGUCUUGUUGGUUGAAAAUGAUGAUUGUACACGUCAUAUUGUCACUGCUUUGCUUCGCAACUGUAAUUAUGAAGUUAUUGAAGCAGCUAACGGGUUUCAUGCAUGGAAGAUUUUGGAAAAUUUAUCCAAUCAAAUUGACAUUGUUUUAACCGAAGUAGUCAUGCCUUGUCUUUCAGGAGUUGGCCUUUUGUGCAAGAUUAUGAACCACAAGACACGCAAGAAUGUUCCUGUGAUUAUGAUGUCUUCUCAUGAUUCAAUGGGUUUAGUAUUUAAAUGUUUAUCAAAAGGUGCUGUAGACUUCUUAGUAAAACCAAUUCGGAAAAAUGAGCUUAAAAACCUUUGGCAACACGUCUGGAGGAGGUGUCACAGUUCUAGCGGUAGUGGGAGCGAAAGUGGCACACAGGCCCAGAAAUCCGUUAAUUCGAAAAGUAAGUUAAGGUAUGAUAACAGUGACGGAAAAGAUGUGGAUGACAGUGGGAGCACUGAUGGUGGUAGCGAUGAUGGUAGUGGCACUCAGAGUUCUUGGACAAAACAAGGUGUCAAUCCCGAGAGCCCAGCAUCUCCAUGCAUUCAAAUAGUUGAGCAUCCUGACAGCACUUGUGGCCUUGUUAUCCGCCCAACGAAGGACUUCUAUGAUGAGGAAAGACAUUUUUCUACAGAUAAUGGUGGAAUGGCUAAAGAGAUUGCAAGAGGCAGAUCUAAAAACUCAGAUAUGCAGAUUGAGUUUCCAAAUGAGGUUACUGAUCAAGUAUUUGACCUAACUUCUAAUGUCAAAUGUAAGGAGAUAGAGGUUUCAGAUGUCCAAAGGGAGUCCCCAUUGAAUAUACAAAAAACUAAAAGUAUUAAAAUGCUGGACCCUUGCAUGGAAAAUAGGGAAAUUGAGGGUCAAGGAGAACCCGAAACAAUGAAGGAUGCAAAGAUUAAGAUUAUUGACGACUCUAAUGGAGUUAUGGUUGGCGAGGUUGGCUUAAAAAGGCCCCGCGCAGCCGAAAAUGAUGGGAGAGAAGUUCAGAAUGGCUGCAAUUUUUUGAGACAUUCAGAGCUUUCAGCCUUCACUAGGUACAAAACAAACUCAAAUGCUGUAAAGGGUACACCUGGAAUCACUGCUAGUUGCUUCGUACCUGAUAAUGAAUCUAACAUUGUGAUGAAAGAAUCCAAGCGUAACGCUCGUUCAGAUGGAUAUCUGAUUUAUCAAGGCUCAAGUGAGCAAGUCAUACCAAAGAAGGCUGAUGGCAUUGCUCCUGCUGACGUUCCACAUCAAGAGCUCCACAUUCAACACAUUCAUCAUCAUCACCAUGUUCAUCAUUACCAUAACAUAGAUACAGAGCAGCCAUUGUCCAAUCCAGAUGAUAUCGGUUUAAACAAGCUGGCUGCAGGUGCUUCACAUUGUGGGUCGUCAAAUAUCAAGGGUGGGCCUGUUGAAGGAAACAUUGAAAAUUAUAGCUUGAACAGAAAUGGAUCAGGCAGCAAGCAUGGAAGCAAUGUGCAGAAUGGGAGCAAUACAGCUUUGAAUUACGAAGUUACAAAUGUAGAAAGUAAUGUUGGUAUAGCUGAGGAAAGCUGUAGUGGUAGUGGUAAGGCUAGUUGCAGUGGUAACGCAGAUCUCACCAAAUCUGCACUGAGAGAAGCAGCCUUGACCAAGUUCCGGCAGAAGAGAGAAGUGCGAUGCUUCCAAAAGAAGGUGCGAUAUCAAAACAGAAAGAAACUGGCAGAACAAAGACCACGUGUUCGAGGACAAUUUGUGAAGGGCAAAAGUCGCGACAGUUCAGUCAAUGCUGGAGAUAGCUAGUUUAGCAUGAACAUGAGCUGUAUGUGCUAGUCUCUUUACAGGAGGUCUUAGGUUGAUUAGUGUUUAUAUCGUCUGUGUGAUGUGAAGAACAUUUUAAAUACUUAUGAAACGAUAAUUCAUUUGCUAUAAACUUUGCAAUAACAUAUUUAAAACUUUAUACUC